GGAACACUCAAAAUUUAUUUCCUAAUUUGCUGCUUUUAUGCUGUAAUAACCAAUUCCUAAUUUGCUCUCAUGAAGAAAUCCAAGAAAGAAGGAGGUAACAGUGGAAACUGUCAACAUCAGCAUGAUUAAAGGAAGAAGGACAGGUGCAAGUUUGGGAAGGCUAUGUAGAUUGGAGGAACAGACCAGCCAAAAAAGGACAUCAUGGUGGCAUGCUUGCUGCUUCCUUUGUUUUGGCUGUGGAGGUAUUAGAGAACCUAGCAUAUCUUGCUAAUGCAAGCAACCUUGUUUUGUACCUGACCAAGUUUAUGCACUUUUCACCAUCCACCUCUUCCAACAUUGUCACCAAUUUCAUGGGAACAGCUUUCCUCCUUGCUAUUCUUGGUGGGUUUCUGGCUGAUGCAUUUUUCACCACUUAUUCCAUCUAUCUCAUAAGUGCUGCAAUAGAAUUCAUGGGCCUAUUAGUCCUUACAAUACAAGCACACAUGCCAUCACUGAAACCACCAAACUGCCUUAUGGGAGAUUCCAGCAGUCACCUAUGUCAGAAACUUCAUCAAGGGGAGGCAGUUAUGCUCUUUGCAGGCCUCUAUCUAGCAGCUCUCGGCGUAGGAGGAAUAAAAGGAUCACUUCCUCCUCAUGGGGCUGAGCAGUUAGAUGAGACCACCCUAGAUGGAAGGAAAAAGAGGUCUGAAUUUUUCAAUUACUUUGUCUUCAGCCUCUCAUGUGGGGCAUUGAUUGCAGUCACUUUUGUGGUGUGGAUUGAAGACAACAAGGGAUGGCAGUGGGGUUUAAGUGUCUCAACUGCAUCAAUAUUGAUCUCCAUUCCAGUUUUCCUUCUUGGUUCACCAACAUACAGGACCAAGAUUCCAUCUGGAAGCCCCAUCACAUCCAUGUUCAAGGUUGUUGUUUCUGCAGUUUGCAACAACUUCAAAUCAGGGAAUUCAACCAAUGCUGUCAUAAACAUGGCCACAAGUCCAUCCCACACAACUGAAAUCGGUGGUGAAGUUGAAGAAAGUAACACUACAAAAGAGGAUCAGCUAAGUCAAAGGACUCAAACCCCAACAGAAAGCCUUAAAUUCCUUAAUAAAGCAGUGAUGGAACCAGUUCAUCCUAUGCUGCAGUGCACAGUAAAGGAAGUUGAAGAGGCCAAGGUAGUAUUAAAGAUCCUUCCCAUAUUCAUGUCCACCAUAAUGCUUAACUGUUGCCUUGCUCAGCUAUCAACCUUCUCAGUCCAACAAUCAGCCACAAUGGACACCAUGCUUGGUUCCUUCAAGGUCCCACCAGCUUCUCUACCUGUGUUCCCUGUUCUCUUCAUCAUGAUCCUUGCCCCACUCUACAACCAUUCCAUUGUCCCAUUUGCAAGGAAAGUGACCAAAACUGAGAUGGGCAUAACACAUCUACAGAGAAUAGGGACAGGGCUAUUUCUCUCUAUUGUGGCAAUGGCAGUGGCUGCUUUGGUGGAAACCAAGAGAAAGAAAACAGCUGCUGAAUUUGGUUUAUUAGAUUCUACCAAGCCUCUUCCCAUGACAUUCUUGUGGGUGGCUUUUCAAUACUUGUUUCUUGGUUCUGCUGAUCUUUUCACUUUGGCUGGGAUGAUGGAGUUCUUCUUCACAGAGGCACCAUGGAGCAUGAGGUCAUUGGCCACAGCACUCUCAUGGGCCUCACUGUCCAUGGGGUACUUCCUGAGCACUGUUCUUGUGUCCAUUAUUAAUAAGGUCACAGGAGCUUUUGGACACACACCAUGGCUCUUGGGUAGCAACUUGAAUCAUUAUCAUCUUGAGAGAUUUUAUUGGUUGAUGUGUGUGCUUAGUGGACUAAAUUUUAUUCAUUAUCUCUUCUGGGCCAAUUCCUACAAGUACAGAGGUUCACCAAGGUCUGGAUAUUAGAACAAAUUGUAGACAUAACCAUUUCUUGUAUAACUCUAUAACUAUAACCACCCUUUAUUCCAUUCCAUGAGAGAGAUGUUCCAUGAACCACAUAUGCAUGAUCAUAGAUGCAAUUAGUACCUUUGUAUCUACUGUUACAUAUAUCACUUGGCAGCUUACAAAAUAAUUUAAUAAGUGUACCACAUUCUGUUUUUAGAAUAAUACUUUGCCAUUUAUAAUGUAACUAGUUUAGCUUGUUGGCAACUUAUGUAAUGGUGUCAAACAAAUGGUGAUUGUAGUUUUGCAGCCACCAGUUGCUUCUCUAUUUCCUCAUUCAGUAUGAUAUAUAUUUAAUUAAACCAGCAACAUUAAGAUUCGAUAUUUUUAAGAUUCGAUAUAUGAUAUUUUCACAUUUUGAAAGAGGCCACUU